AUGAGCGCCUCGGCGGCCCCCGUCAGGCUGAUGCCCGGCGGGCACCCGGAGCAGGCGGCCGCCAGCACCCCAGCCGCGGGCUCGGCGCCCGAGCGGGGCCGCCCCGCCGCCGCUGUGCCCGGCGGCCCCGCUGCCGCCCCGCCGCGUCCCGCGGCCGCCCCCGCGGGGACCCCGGCGGUGCGGGGGGCCGCUCCCGGCGGCCCGCGGCCGGUGGCGCCCAAGGGGCCGCCCACGGCCGCCCUCCAGUUGCCGGCCAACUUGCAGCUGCCCCCAGGAACUGUUCUUAUCAGAAGCAGUAAUGGUCACCUAAUGCUGGUAUCUCAACAGUCAAUAGCAAAACCACAGAACCAGACACAAAACAGCACAAGUGUGAGACCAUCUGUGCCGACCAGCACGCCUGCAGUCAGAAUAUGUGCUGUGCAGAAUUCUGGCACACAGUUAGUAAAGAAAAUAGCAGCUGCUCCUGUGAAAACGUUAUCCCAAACAACAAAUGCUGUGGUUUCUACUGUUCAGACACCUGCUGUAAUACAGCCAGCAGCUGCAACAGCUAGUGUUACUACAGUUACUGCUGUAAAGCCUUUGAGUACUGGAACACCUGUAAAACUUCCAGUUACAGGACCACCUGCACAAGCUAUCUCCCAAAAGGCAGUCUCUGUGAAAGCAGAGGGCACAACAGUAGCACAGACCAGCACUUCUACAGAGAUGCUAGAGAAUGUGAAGAAAUGCAAGAAUUUUCUUGCUACUCUAGUAAAAUUGGCAUCUAGUGGACCUCAAGCCCUUGAGAUGGGGCAGAAUGUGAAGAAUCUGGUGCAAAACCUACUGGAAGCAAAAAUUGAGCCAGAAGAAUUUACAAAAAAGUUGUACAUAGAGCUUAAGUCAUCUCCACAACCAUAUUUAGUUCCUUUUCUCAAGAAAAGCGUGCUUGCCCUAAGGCAGCUAAUGCCUAAUCCUCAGAGCUUUAUCCAGCAGUGUCUGGAGCAGACAGCCCCAACUCAAGAAGUGGUUUCUACUUGUCCCUCUGCAGUACCAGCUCCUGUGACAGAAGCGGCAACUUCGACUGUAGCAACAACUGCUCUUCCAGCUGUAAAACCUGUGCCUGCCUCUGCAGCAGCCACAGCCCCUCUCGUUAUCACACCAGUCCUUGCCAGCACAUCAGCAGCUGCUCCUCUGCAGGCUGUGAAGGCCAUUCCUUCCCCUGCCGUGGGGCCAGCAUCGCUCAGGCCCGCAGCUCCCGUCCUCGGCACGCCCGUGGCAUCGGCCGGGCUGACCGCUGGCCGGCCUGGCAAGCUGCUCUUCACCUCCACGCUGCCAGCGCCCUCCCUGCAGGCUGCAAAGCCAGUGCUGGUCUCUGCAGUGGCAUCUUCAGCAGCAACCCCUCUCCAGCCUCUGAAACCAGUCAUCGGAACCCCAGUUGGUAUUAAGAUCUCUCAGCCCAGCUCCAUGGUGGCGCGGUCAGUGGGUGCUCAGCAGGUGGUUAAAGUGAAGCAGCUGGUAGUCCAACAACCAUCGGGAACCAUUGUCAAGCAAGUAUCCACACUCCCACAGCCCUCAGUGCUCACCCUACAGACAUCUGCUGAGAAGAAGGUGCCUCUGAAUGCACUUGUUCAAACCAACCAGUUUCCUGCAGGUUCCACUCUGAAGCGAAUUACCUUGCCAAGAAAUAAAAUAUGGUCGCUUCAAGCAUCUCCUGUUCAGGAAGCGAAAAUGAAAGAGAAUGGAGCAACAUCCUUCAGAGAUGAAGAUGACCUAAAUGAUGUGACUUCUAUGGCUGGGGUUAAUCUCAGCGAGGAGAAUGCCUAUAUUUUGGCAACAAACUCUGAGCUCAUUGGCACAGUGAUUCACUCUUGCACAGAUGAACCAUUUCUGUCUUUGGAAGCUCUUCAGAGUAAGAUCAUGAACAUAGGUAAAAGGCAUGACAUUAUGGAACUUAACUCUGAUGUUGUGAACUUCAUCUCCCACGCUACACAGGAGAGAUUACGAGGACUCCUAGAAAAACUAACUGUAAUUGCUCAGCACAGAGUAUCAACCCACAAGGGAAGUGAUAAGUACAUUGUAUGUAGUGACACCAGAGCACAACUGAGAUUUCUUGAGAAGCUCGAUCACCUGGAAAAGCAGAGAAAAGAUGAAGAGGAACGUGAAAUGUUACUUCGAGCAGCCAAGAGCCGUUCCAAUAAAGAAGAUCCAGAGCAACUGCGGUUAAAGCAGAAAGCAAAAGAGAUGCAACAGUUGGAAUUAGCACAGAUGCAACAAAGAGAAGCCAACCUCACAGCUUUGGCAGCCAUUGGACCAAGGAAGAAAAGACCAUUGGAUUCAUCAAACGUUGGAUCUGGGCUCGAGGGUUUGAACAGCAAUGGAAUUGCUGGAUCAUCAGGUUUUAGCCUUACGAAGCAGAUGCUCUGUCCAAGAGUAACCCGUGUCUGUCUCAGGGACUUGAUAUUCUGCAUGGAACAAGAGAGGGAGAUGAAGCAUUCUCUACGCUUGUACCAUGCUCUUCUGAAGUGAUUUGAAUCUUGCAUUUCACCAUGCUGUCUACUGCCAAAGAUAACACUGAAGCAUUGUUGCACUGUCUUGAAGUUCCAGUUUCUGGAAAAUGAUCCGUUGUAAGGAUAACUCUUGUUUACAGAUAAACAUUUUUAUUAAAUACCUAACUUAGCACCUGGAAGGUUUUCAGUAAUACUUGGCUUAAAUCAGUCUGUAAACCAGUGAAAACACUGAGCUGCACAGAUAAGCACCUAUCUGCUUGCAUUUAACUGUCUUACAAGGUCUGAGGGCUUGAUAAGUGUCCCUAGUUUAUGUAUGCCACUUGCUUCAGUACUCCAGAGUCUGCAACAUCUGUUCAAUGUGUAGUGCCACCUUCCAACCCAAUCUUAUUUAGGGAAACAAAUAUCAUUAUAAUGGCACAGCAUAGCAUGGCAACUGUAUUUAAUCAUGAACCAGCAGUCAGUAAACAUGCUAAUGUAUUGCCUGUCUGAUUCAAUAUCUUAAAUUUUCUGGGUUUAGAAUUACUACUGGGUGCUCAUUUGUGGAGAUAAAAGUAGCAAGCAAAAGGAAUGAGGGGUCCUUUCUACCCCACACUUUGCCUCAAUUGCCCUCAGCCUUUCCUCUGAGAAAAUGACUGAGGCAAGGAGGACAAAUCAGUCAUUCUUGUAAUUGAAGUACAUCACAUAGUGUAGUUAGGGCAUACUUGGAUGGUCAUGGAAAAUUUGGAGUUACUAAAAAUAAAAGGAGUAAAAGAUCCUAAAAAGGGAAGGUAAACAGAAAGAACAGUUUAUCUUUAUGUGGAUACAAAAAAUAGCAUUGAACUUGAGCAUAGAUGGAAAGAUAUUUUAAAAAAAUGUU